AUGGCUGACAAGGGUAAGUCCAAGCUUGUUGACGAGGACCUCCGUAGUAACAGCAGCAACGAGGGAACACGUAAGGAGGUAUGGGAGGACGAUGCUGUCGCCGCUGCUCUUGGCCACCACCGCCGCGACAGGAGCCUCUUCCUCGGUGUCUUGCAGGAACAGAAUGAUCCAGGGAGUGAAGAGCUGGCCCCAGACAAUCAAAAUGUGCCUAUAAAUGACACAAAAACAGAUCAAUGUCUUCCUCAACAGUCUUCAUCUGCCUCCUCAAGGAGUGCAUUCCAGACUUCCGUCGAGCAACAUGCACAACAAAAGGUUGAUGUCGAAAACCAGGAGUCAUGUAUGCGUGCAUUGAUUGACCCAGACGAGGAAUAUGCCUACAGACUAUGGACUCGGUCCCUGGAGGCUAUGAAGAAUCACUACACUCCUGAUGCUGAUGUUGAGAAGGCAUUAUCUGGGCAACAUCAGCCAACUACAAAUGCUCCUGGAAACACUCAUGUCGAUUCCCUUCUUCAGCAGAUCAAGCAUCCAGUGGACCAUUUUAUAAGACUGAUUCAUAUCAAGGGUCACGUACCUGCUAUCAGUGUUGAUCCAAAUGGGAGUCGCUUUAUCCUGAAGAAACUUGACACCGCAACUACUGGGGAGAUAGUUAUGCUCUAUAACGAAAUCACUCCUCUAAUGAAAUCACUGAUCAUUAAUGUCUUUGCCAAUAAUGUGAUUCUCAAGCUUCUUGAUUAUGGACCAUCAGUCUACACCAGGAAACUCAUCGGUAAUCUGAUGGGGCAUGUGUUAGACCUAAGCCUUCAGCUCUAUGGUUGUCGAGUGAUCCAGAAGGCUUUUGAAAUAACCGACACUGAUCAGAAGGUAGAGAUGGCCAAGGAGCUUGGUCGCAACAUAUUGAAAUGUGUUUGUGACCAACAUGCAAACCACGCCAUCCAGAAAUGUAUAGAGUUUGUGCCACCACAGCAUAUCCAUUUCGUCUAUAGAAGCUUACGUGGGAAGGUCAAGAUGCUAUCCUCCCAUCCUUUUGGAUGCCAUGUCAUUCAGAAAGCGUUGGAGUUCUGCAGGGAUCCGCAAAUGAAACAGGCGCUUGUCACGGAGAUUCUUGAAUCUGUCAAUGAGUUGUCGGUAGAUCCGUAUGGAAACUACGUUGUCCAGUACAUUGUGGAGCAUGGAGAGCCCCGUGAAAGAGAAAUUAUUGUGCUAAAAUUUGAAGGGCUGGUUAUGCAAAUGAGCCACGAGAAGCACUCUUCCAACGUCAUUGAGAAAUGCCUAAUCCACGGCAGCUACAUGGACCGCAAGCGGAUCAUAGUUGAGAUUUUCUGUGCUGCGGGUGGCACAACCGCAGACCAUCUACUGGGUAUGAUUGUCCACGAAUAUGCGAACUAUGUGAUACAGAGGAUGCUUGAGGUGUCGCGGGAGUGGCAGGUCGACGUGAUUGUGAAGCUGGUGAGGCGUCACGAGGCCAUGCUGGCCAAGUACCCCCACGGCAGGCACGUGAUAGCGCAGGUCGAGAGGGUUGUCAAUGCUAGAGCGGGGCUCCCUGGCUCUGUUGCACCAGCAUCACCCCAGUUCCCCUAG